AUGAGCCAGGUUGGUUAUUCCACUGGCAAGUGUGCCAAUGUAAAGCCCAUCCAAGAGAAGGAAGACAAUGGAACAGACGUUGUCAACAUCAACACUUACAAGCUCAGCUCCACCUCAUUGUUUGACAAGUUACGAGGACUCAGAGCUUGGGAGGUUAAAAGCAGCAUCAACGAGCACAAGGAAGCAUAA